GAAAGCAGAAAGCAGGAAGCAGGAAGCAGGAAGCAGAAGAGAGAGAAGACAGAAUCUGAACUUUGCACCCACCUGCACUGAACUUGAACCUGAAGAAUCCCAAGUUAUUUCGAAUUUAUUAUUUUCCAAAUUGGUUACCUAACAAAACUAAACUAUCCUCUACUUACUAUCCGAUCCUACACUCAUUCAACUCCCUCGACUCACAUCCACCAUCAGUACGCACUCAACUCGACGGAACGGAACCUUACUACUGCUGCGUACACUUUCGUUCGACUCCGGUGUCUUUUGAUCAAUCAAGAAAUUCAUCCAUCCAUCCACCUACAUACAAACAUACAAACAUACAAACACACACAUACAUACAUACAUACAUACAUUACAUAACUCCCUACCUAUCUAGCACACCUCUUCCUUUUUUCUACCUACACAUUACACAUUACACAUUACACCCUACACACGAUACCUUACAACGUACUCUCCAAGUUACCACACACCUUUUCGACGCACUACGCACCUGCACUACUUUAGUUACUUUUACUUUACUUUACUUUACUUUACCUUACUUUACCUUACUUUACCUUACCUUACCUUACCUUACUUUACCUUGCCUUACUUUACCUUACCUGACCUUGACUUUAUUACCUUGACUUAACCUUGUCUUGACUUUACUUACUUCAUUCAUUCUCCCCUCUCCUAAAUUCUUUGGCUCCGAAUCCAUCCAGAUAAGUCAGCCAUCCCACCAUCCCACCAUCCCACCAUACACCCACCCACCACUACAACAUCCCAUUUCAUCCCUCGACAAAUAACAAAUCAUCAAAUCCAUACAUCUACAUACUAUCCACUCCAGGAACACUUACUCCAUUUUACCUGAUCACCUUACCUGUCUGGAUUGAGAAAAGGAAAGAAAACCAAACAACAAAACAACAAAACAUCAAAACAUCAAAACAUCAAAACAAAAUCAAACCACAAUCAGAACCACCACCACCACCUCGACCACAACCACCACCACAACUACAACUCCAACCGUCAUUCAAAAUUCAUUUGUUAUUCAUUCGAAUAAAUUCCAACCUUCGAGUUUCAAAGUCAUCUGCGAGAUCAUCAAGACAUUACCUAUCCUGAAUAAUAAUAAAUACGGUACGCCUUGACCAACUCUUUUUGGGGGGGGGCUUGUUCACUCAUUCAUUCAUUCAUUCAUUCAUUCAUAUUCAUUUUCAUAUCCAUUCAUAUUCAUAUUCACACGCACAAGCACACGCACCCGCACACACACACACAUACACACAUUACAUUACAUAUUACAUACAUCCAUACAUACACAUAUAAUAAAUACACUCACCACAUACCCCAUCCCACCGCCUUUCACCAACCCCUCUCAACCAUUAACCCAUUAAACCAUUAAAGGGUCACAACCACUAACUCUUAAUUUCUCAUCCAUCAGCCGCAGCCGCAUUUCUCACUUGGGUCAUUAAUCCCGACAUAGCAUUUUCGAAAAGAACACAGAAAAAGGGAAAAGAGGGUGAAUAAUUCUUCGACCGAACCCCAGAUUGUCACGUUGAUUCAAGAAAAAAGAUUCACUUAAUAAUCACCGAUUGAUUUGCCUUGGUCGCACAUUCGGUCCUCAAUUGCCCAACACGGACUUUACCAGGUCAUCAACCAGUCUCCUCACAACCCUCCUCGUUUACAGCCCACCUCAUUCACGAUAAUAAUCAGUGUUUUGGACUUUCAAAGAUGUCACAAAAUCGGCCUGCUGCCUUCUCGAGCUUGAGAAUGGGAGGUAAGAAACAUACUCCUGCCUAUGGUUUUUUGCCCCUUUACCUCAUCGUCACCUUCUUGGUCUCGACUUUACUCUAACGUUUGUGAUUUUACAGAGGUAAUCCGCGAAAAGGUCCAAGAUGGCAUCACCGGCGAAACUCGAGAUAUGCAAUAUACACAAUGCAAGAUCGUGGGAAAUGGUUCCUUUGGUGUGGUCUUUCAGACCAAGUUGUCACCUUCUGGAGAAGAUGCUGCCAUCAAACGCGUCUUGCAAGACAAGAGGUUCAAGGUUCGCGACAUCAUUUCGAGUCCAUCAUUAUGCCGUACUGAUGUAAAUAUAGAAUCGUGAAUUGCAAAUCAUGCGCAUCGUGCGUCAUCCCAACAUUGUCGAAUUAAAGGCUUUCUAUUAUUCAAACGGCGAACGAGUGAGUCUUCUCCCUUGCUACAUGAAGCUAUCGUGCAUGUCUAAUGUCAUCCUUGGUAGAAGGAUGAGGUAUAUCUUAAUCUAGUGCAGGAGUUCGUCCCUGAGACGGUUUACCGCGCAUCGAGAUAUUUCAACAAGAUGAAGACAACGAUGCCGAUCAUCGAAGUGAAGCUCUACAUCUAUCAACUCUUCCGCGCUCUCGCCUACAUCCACUCACAAGGAAUCUGCCAUCGUGAUAUCAAGCCACAAAAUUUACUGCUUGACCCGGGCAGUGGAAUUUUGAAGUUGUGUGAUUUUGGUAGUGCAAAGAUACUCGUAGAGAAUGAGCCAAACGUUUCAUACAUUUGCUCACGUUAUUACAGAGCACCAGAAUUGAUUUUCGGUGCUACCAACUACACAACCAAGAUUGGUGAGAAUACGUGGACCAUGUGCGUGUGAGGAAAUGAUGCUGACGGUGAAAAUAGAUGUUUGGUCAACUGGUUGCGUGAUGGCAGAAUUGAUGCUUGGGCAACCUCUCUUCCCGGGUGAAUCUGGUAUUGAUCAACUGGUCGAGAUCAUCAAGGUUCUCGGUACACCAACUCGAGACCAAAUUCGUACCAUGAACCCCAACUAUAUGGAGCACAAGUUCCCACAAAUCAAGCCACACCCAUUCAACAAGGUCUUCCGUAAGGCCGACGCUAGUGCCAUCGAACUUAUCUCCAAGCUACUAGAGUACACUCCUACCGAGAGGCUUUCAGCUAUCGAAGCGAUGGUUCACCCGUUCUUUGAUGAGUUACGUGAACCCGAUAAGACAUUCCCAGAUUCCCGUCACCCCGGUAAUUCAGCAAAGAACUUGCCAACCUUGUUCGAUUUCUCCAUCCAUGGUAAGUUCCGAGUGGUAUGUGCGGAGUGUUUACGGUAUUGACUUGUAAACAGAAUUAUCCAUUGCGCCGGAACACAACCAACGGCUGGUACCGCAAUAUAUUCGACCAAGUUUGGUAGCAAGGGAUAGCAAACUCGAUAUUGAUAGUCCAAAUUUCAAACCAUUGACGAAGGAUGCGAUGAUGGCAAGAUUAGAUUGAGGAGGAGGUUCAAGCAAAAUGACUGAUGAAUGAAUCCUUUCCUGUCACUCGACAUAUGCGCUCUGCAACGGAGUCGAGAUUUUUCGAGCGAUACAAAACACCCCGGCUAUAACCACCCCUCAGCAUAUUAAAGGUUCUGCAUAUCUCGUCUGCAACGUUGGCAGGCCAAAAUCAAGUUUGUGGAAGUCCGGGCGAAUGCAUGGCAGGAAUACGAAGUUAGUCUAUGAUGAUGGUAUGCGUUAUUUGGUUUGAUAGGAAUACCCAUAAGGUGGAAUUUUCGUUGAGCACGAGUUUUAAGUUCAGCUAAGGAAAUGCUACCUUGGUACUCGAAACAGCGGUCAUUGGGAAAAAGGGCAGAUGGAAUAUGAUGGAUAUUGGUUCAUGAAAAGGGGUAUGAAAUGUGGAAGUGGGUGGUAGUUUAUGGGGAAUUCAACGAAUACUUCUAUCGGCACCUCGUUACUAGACUUUCUUGCAUGAGGAGAAAAAAAUUAUGGCCUUUUUGCUCUCUGUCUAAUGUUUU